UCGAACUAGUCGCCACCGAAACAGACAUGCCGGCCGGCUUGGUUUAGCAACACGCCAGGAGCAUGACCAAGGGACUUUCCAGAUUAAGUGCAAUAAUGUGGGUCUGUCCGUCUGUGGAAUCGAGUCAUCAUCUUAUUGAGCUUGCCAUUCAUAAAUUGCAGGCCAGAUGGCACUUACUACUUGUAAAUCCCACGGCAGAUCAAAAAGAAAACGCGAAAAAUGCACCAGAUGGAUGCUGCGAUGGUAGUUUUACUGAGAGAUUUUGGCCAACUAAAACGCUCGAUGCGUGGGAGCAACUUCGAGGAAUAUUGAUAAGCUCAAGUACCUGCUGAAGGUCCGCGAUGCGCCCCCAACUUGAAACCCAUUAUUCCUCAUAUUGCAUGUCUGGCAACGUGUACUGUAUAUUGGCUCGAUGUUUACAAGUGGACUCGUCCAAGACUCGUUCAUUUGCAAUUCAUGGUAGACAACCGCUGGCGGCCGAUUAGCACGCAAUCAACGACAAUUCGAACAGAAUUAAUGAUUCUAUCAAGGUCCAAGUACGGGAGACUAGGGCGAUAAGGUUCUUUAUCUGGACCAUUUCCUUCUGUAACUACGAGGACAACAACCAAGCUCUUUGCUAGAAUCCUGGUCAUGCCCCGCGGAUGUGUGGCUGAUAUUUGCGCUUAGCGGAAGAUGCCCGGCGCUCUUUCUCUAACACUACAAGAUUCAGGGAUCACUUGAUCCAAACACACCCCAAG